UCCAUAUAUACACAUGAUCUCAUUGAGACAUAAUUAAAUAGAAACAAAAGGAAAAAGACUCAUCAAAUCAUCAUGUCUCAAUUCCAUCACAUGCAAAUAUAUGGUGGCAAUGCUACCCCAACCAUGGAACAACUUCUUCGAGAUGGGGAGGCUUCAAGAUGGCCUCCAACAAACGCAUCUCCAGUGCUCGUAAAGGACCAUGACCUCGAAGAUGAUAUUGAUCACCAUCAGAAGAAAUCAGUUUUCACCAAGGUAAAGGAAAAAGCAAAGAAAUUGAGAAACUCACUCAGCAACAAGAAGAGGCACGGUGAAGAUGAGAACAUUACACCGUCGUGGGGUUAUAACUUGGAUGAGGAUGAAGAGGAGGAGGAAGGCGUCGAUGCUGAAUAUCUUGGAGCCCCAAUGUAUGAAUCAGAGCUCGCACCAGAGGACUGCAAAGAGAAUGCUAGGCAGCAUCCUCGAGCAGAUCCUGUGAUUGCUGAGAAUCAUACUUUAGCGAAUACCAUAAAACUUGCCUUUGGACACGACGAAAAACCUUCCAACUCUCCAGAGACAUUGUCUCAAAUGGCCGUUGAGUCGUCCAUUGGUAAUAGCAAUACAUCGAAUGAAACUACAACUGCAAAUAGUACCAUGAAGAUAAUACAAGAAAAGGAGGUUGCUAAGCCUUCAAGUCCAAACAAGACACUAACUGAAACUAUGACUGAGAAGUUGGCACCAGUUUAUUCCACUGUUACUGAUGCUACUCAUGCUAUUGCUUCAAAGAUCCAGAGCCUCACCAUCUCUUCUCCGUCCAACUCAUCAACUCGUUCUUCACCAUCAACUCCAAAAAAAGCUUCUUCCCUAACAAUUAAAACGACAUGCUCUGACCCAAUAGCUACACAAUCACCAAGUUUGAGUAAAGGAACUGAGCAGAUAUGGGAUAAAGGAGUUUCAGUAAAGGAGUACUUGAUGCACAAGUUUGAGCCAGGUGAAGAUGAGAGAGCACUUUCUCAGGUGUUGUCUGACGCACUGAGUCCCAGAGCAAAGCCUGGUAUAGGUGUGGUAGAGAAGGUGAGGGAAGCAGUAAAUUCUAUGUUGCGAGCUGGGGACGCACCACAGCCAAAGUCUACGCAUUUGACUGCAAAAUCUUCGUCACAGGUUGAAGUGGCACCACAACCAGUGGCUGCACACUCAGUUGCGAGAUCUUCAUCAAGGGCUGAGAAGGCACCAGAGCUAGUGGCUGCAAAAUCAGUGCGAGCUGAAUCGACACCGCCACCAAUGGCUGCUCAUUUGGCUGCAAAACCUUCAUCCUCAGUGGAGAAGACCCCACAGGCGGUGGCUGCAAAAUCUUCAUCACAUGCCGAGGUGGCACCACAAGCAAUUCUGGCAUUACAUUUGGCUGCAAAACCUUCACCACAGGCAAUACCAGCUACACAUUUGGCUGCAAAACCUUCGCCACAGGCCAGGGCAGCACCACAGGCAAUACCGGCUACACAUUUGGCUGCAAAACCUUCCUUAUCAGCGGAAGCAACAUCACAUCCAAUGGUUACACAUUUGGCUGCAAAACCUUCCUUACCAGCGGAGGCAACACCACAACCAAUGGUUACACAUUUGGCUGCAAAACCUUCCUUGCCAGCAGAGGCAACACCACAACCAAUAGUUACACAUUUAGCUGCAAAAUCUUCAGCGAGCGCGCCAGUCUUUACCACCACCCAUAGAGUGGCUGAGGAAGAAAACCUUGAAAGAAUACUCCAAGCAAAUUAAUGGAUAUAUGCAGCACAUCAGAAGUUCUAGACACAGACACCAAACAAUAAAAAUUUACGACUAUAUUUAUCUUCAUUUGUUUGAUUUUGUUCAGUUGUAUUGUACCAAUAACAAUAAAAUAAUUUUGCAGUACUUU